AUGCACGAGCAGAGAGCGGAGGUGGAGGCUGCGGCGGAUGCUGGCGCUUGGCUGCUUGUCCUGAGCUCGGUGUUCCUGUGCAACCUGCUCAAAAUCCUCUUGCCUUCCUGCUCCUCCAUCAUAUCAAAGUUACUACAGAAGGAUGUUGAGCAGGAAUCACAGAUGAGGUCUGAAAUUCAGGACAUGAAGCAAGAACUUGCUACCAUUAGUAUGAUGGAUGAAUUUGCCAGAUAUGCCAGAUUAGAAAGGAAGAUUAACAAAAUGACUGACAAGCUUAAGACUCACGUGAAAACACGAACUGCUCAACUUGCCAAAAUAAAGUGGGUAAUAAAUAUUGUCUUCUACAUUUUGCAAGCUGCCUUAAUGAUCUCACUAAUUUGGAAGUAUUACUCAGAACCAGUUACUGUGCUUCCAAGCAAGUGGUUGGCCCCAUUAGAACGUUUAGUAGCUUUUCCAACAGGAGUGGCAGGUGGUGUUGGCAUUACAAGUUGGUUGGUUGUUUGCAAUAAAGUAGUGGCCAUUAUGCUUCACUCUUUCAGCUGAGAAAGGAUUCGAAUUUCAGUCCAUUAUCACAAUUAAAAGUACUCUUCUGUUUCUUAUGAUUGUAUUCUUAUGACAUACUUCGCACCAACUGCGUUUGAUACAAUAUCCUGUGAAA